AUUCCGUCGGGUUUGAUCGCUUUGGUCGUUGCCGGCUAUUCUUCCAUCGAUUGGUUGCGUCUGCACGUGGAUCCAACAUGGCGGCGACUCAAACAACGAAUCCCUCCCAGCUGCUCCCGCUCGAGCUUGUGGACAAAUGUAUCGGCUCCCGGAUUCACAUCGUCAUGAAAACGGACAAAGAAAUCGUCGGCACCCUUCUGGGUUUUGAUGAUUUUGUCAAUAUGGUCUUGGAGGAUGUGACGGAGUUUGAAAUCACACCAGAGGGACGGAGGAUAACAAAACUGGACCAGAUUCUCCUGAACGGCAACAACAUCACAAUGGUAAGAACAUUUCUAGAAUCCGAUUCAUUGAACCAGCUGAAAACAGACGACCUCUUAAAACCCAUGUUACACAAAAACAAAUAA